AUGCUGUCUGUGCUGGAGACCCCCAGGCACCUGCCGAGUCCUGCUAGUUGUGGGUCCUGCUGGCUCUGCAUCUCUCCCUCCUGGGCACUGUGUUCCCACGAGGUCUUGGCUUUGACACAUCAUCUUUUUCCCCUUUUCCUUCACUCUCCAGGUUGCAAAAUCAAAGCCCUGCGCGCCAAGACAAACACAUACAUCAAGACGCCGGUGAGGGGCGAGGAACCCAUCUUCAUCGUCACCGGGAGGAAGGAGGAUGUGGAAAUGGCCAAGAGGGAGAUCCUCUCAGCUGCUGAGCACUUCUCCAUGAUCCGAGCGACACGCAACAAAGUGAACGGGCUGACGGGUGCCCUGCAGGGUCCCCCCAACCUACCGGGCCAGACCACCAUCCAGGUGAGAGUCCCAUACCGCGUGGUGGGGCUGGUGGUGGGCCCCAAGGGAGCCACCAUCAAGCGCAUCCAGCAGCAGACGCACACCUACAUCGUGACACCCAGCCGUGACAAGGAGCCCGUCUUUGAGGUGACGGGAAUGCCCGAGAACGUGGACCGGGCCCGCGAGGAGAUCGAGGCCCACAUCACCAUGCGGACAGGCUCCUUCGUCGACGUCAACGCCGAAAACGACUUCCACACCAACGGCACCGACGUCUGCUUGGACCUGCAGGGUGGUUCUGCCGGUCUGUGGGCCAAAGCUCCACACCCGGCCCGCCGGCCCGCGGCCGCGCUGCGCAACGACAGCCUCAGCUCCCUGGGCAGCGCCUCCACCGAGUCCUUCUACAGCGGGCGGGUGGCAGAUAACAGCCCCACCAGCCCCUACAGCACCGGCGGUGGAUUCACCUUCAGCGAUGCGCCGGCCCCGCUGGGCUCGGAGGAAUGCGACUUCGGUUUCGACUUCUUGGCCUUGGACCUGACGACGCCGAGUGCCGCCGCCGCCAUCUGGUCGCCCUUUGAGCGUGCUGCCAACCCCCUGCAAGCCUUCGGCGGCUCGCAGAGACGCAACAGCGGCACGGCCACACCACGCCAUUCACCCACUUUGCCCGAGAGCACCGGAGGGGCCUUGGAGCACCCCUUGGCGCGCCGGAUCCAGAGCAACCCCGUCAGCACCUUGUCCUGGCUGCCCACCCAGGGCUCGCUCUCCUCCUUCUCCACCAGCACGGGUUACUCCUCCUCCUCAUCGCUGCCCGGCAGCGUCUCGGCCGCCUCGGGCUCACCCACCGACUCCAGCAGCUCCGACGGGCAUCGCAAGAGCUCUCGUGAGUGCAUGGUGUGCUUUGAGAGCGAGGUGAUCGCCGCCCUGGUGCCCUGCGGCCACAACCUCUUCUGCAUGGAGUGUGCCAUGCGCAUCUGUGGCAAGGCCGAGCCCGAGUGCCCCGCGUGCCACACACCGGCCACCCAAGCCAUCCACAUCUUCUCCUAGCCGGGGCCAGCUUGACGCGGCGAGCAGCCCCACUCCCCUCCCCUCCAACACAACUUUUUAAGGACUUGAAGCGGUUGAGGUCAACGCAGUCGUUGGGGUCAACACAGCCGUUGAGGUCAACGCAACCAUUGGCAUCAAGGCAACCGUUGGGGUCAACGCAGCCAUUGGGGUCAACGCAACCGUUGAGAUCAACGCAGCCAUUGGAGUCAACGCGACCGUUGGCAUCAACGCAACUGUCGGCGUCAACCCUUUUUAUUUAAAGGAUUGGACUGGGGGUGCAGGGGUGGGGAUGGAGAUGCUAUUUUUCUCCCGCUGGAUGGAAGCCGGAGGGCAGGAUCGCGGGGAGGGGAGGGGGCAGAGCAAAGGGGUUGGGAGGGCUGGGGAGGAAGGGGCAGACGAAGACGACGAGGAAGAGACGCAGAACCGCAGAGAGGAGCAGAACCCAAUGUUUACAGAAUAGCUUUAACUCUUAGCCCGGCUGUGGCGGCUGGGGAGAGGAAGCCCAGCUGUUCUUCAACAGUCCUUUCCAAAUAACAGUAUUCAGUUUGCAAAGUUAAAUAAACAGAAAGAAAAGG